AUGAAAAUGGGAGAUCGAUUGAGUUAAGCGAUUGAUUUAGAAUGGAUUCUUAAAUCACUCUUGAUGGUUAAUAUAAAAAUGGUUAGAAAGUUGGGAAAUUUUAUUGGAAAAACAGGAAAAUAUUUAAAUAAUGUAAGAUAAAAAUAUUAAAUAUUAUCUCUAAAUUUAAAAGUGGAGGUGGAUGGUAUGAUGAUGGAGGAGAUGAAAUCAAAAUUAAUAAAUGGGAUGAGUUUAGUGAAAAGUUUAAAGAUGAAUCUAGUAACUUAUAAAGGUGAAUAUCGUGAUGGUAAAAAAUUUUGUAAUUGGGAUGUUUGUAGGAUUAUAUGA